CCAAGGGAGGCUACUCUAAUCUGCAACACGAAGGUCAAGGUCGUAAGAAGACACGGCGAUGAAUGUUCUGGCACAAUGCAACAACAACCGCCCCCAUAUGCCUAUAACCCUCAGCCGAUGCCGCCCCCACAGCCCUACCCGCCACUACCACAGCACUACCCGCCGGGUUAUGUACAGCCCCAUCCGAUGUAUGCACCACCGAUGCAGCAGCUGCAACAACAACAACAGACGUCAGUGUUUGUCGUCAACGCUGGGGCCCCCGCCCCUACCACGACCAUCAUCAGAGAGAGAAGCCAUGUGAAUCAUGUCCUGCACUGCAUCAUCACGUUUUUCUUUUUCCCGUGGGUCAUUGUGUGGAUUAUCCUGUGCAUUGCAGACAGUUAGAUGGGGACGUGGAUUGCACAGGCGCUACAAGACGUUGCAGGAUUUCCUUCAUGAUUAUUUAUUUUUCAAUGGUGAUCCGAUUUUAUUCGCAAAAAGCAGAUCAAACGUGUGCUUUAUGUUCAUUGUUGACAAAUCCCAUGCUGGUAUGUAUAUUUAUAUUCCUGAAAUAUAGGUACCCGAAUGUCUAGUUUGGAAAGAAUUUCAAUAACUUUUAAACAAAUAAAGAACCAUUUAAUUUGUUAUUUUUUUACAAGGUACAUUAUUUGUUAUUAAAACUGUAAUAAUAA